AUGUCCGAUGUCGUUGCUCUCCGGUCGAGGGGAACCUGGCAAGGCGUUUUGAACAUUAUUUUCUCCACGGGUUCGAUGAUCGUUGCGCCCUUGGGAGGGUAUUUAGCAGAUACAAUCGGUUGGAGAUGGGCAUUCAUCAUGCAGUUCCCAGCUAUCAUCCUAGCCUUCAUCGCUGCCCUCCUUGCUCUCCACCUACCCCCACAUCCAACAUCAGAUUUAAAAUCCAAACUCAAACGAAUAGAUUCGGAGGCGCUCUCUCCCUCAUCGUCUUCAUCUUCUUUUUCCUCUACGGUCUCGAACGUGGCGGGAACGUAG